CUGAGCUGUAACAAGGGAAAUUAGAGCCGCUGAGUAUACUCAAGAUAAAAGAUGGCAGGAAACUUCAAAAGAUUAUUUAAUUUUCUAGUACUUUUUUCUUUUGUUAGUGUCGCAUGUUUUGUGCUGGUUUUAUUCUACUCCAGAAGAAGCUUUGUGGUUAUUGUUCCUGAGAAACAUAUUUUGACACUGGGAAACAAAACAUUUUCAGGGAUGGUAAAGGAGCAAGUCGCGAAGCUGUUGGAGAGGAGGAUCAAAGCCUCAAACAAAAGCAGUGAGAUGGCACCGACACCAUCUGCUGUCAGCUUAACUUUGGGCCCCUGCCCUGAAAACCCCCCAGAUCUCAUAGGUCCACUCCUCGUUGAGUUUGAUUUCGGAAGGACUUGGGAACAUGUGAGAAAGGAAGUCAGUCCUUUGCUUCAAAAAGGAGGAAGGUUCAAGCCAAAAGACUGUGUUGCAAAGCAGAAGGUGGCAAUCAUCAUCCCAUUCCGGAAUCGGCACGAGCAUUUGAAGCACUGGCUUUAUUACUUGCAUCCUAUUCUGAAGCGACAGCUUGUGGACUACGGAGUCUAUGUCAUCAACCAAGAUGGAGAGGGAGUCUUCAAUCGGGCUAAACUGAUGAAUGCAGGAUAUGUCGAAGCGCUCAAGGAAUAUGAUUAUGACUGCUUCCUCUUCUCUGACGUAGAUCUGGUUCCCCUAAAUGACCGUAACCUCUACAGAUGUUUUGACAAUCCACGACACUUGGCUAUAGGCAUGGACAAAUUUAAUUUCGACUUACCCUAUAAGACCUUCUUUGGUGGGGUCGCUUCAUUGUACAAACAUCAGUACUUGAAAAUUAAUGGGUUCCCAAACACCUACUGGGGUUGGGGUGGUGAGGACGAUGAUAUCUACAAACGAAUAGUCUUACGUGGAAUGCAGGUUUCUCGACCUGACUUACUGACGGGCAGGUACAGGAUGAUCAAACAUCAAAGAGACGCGCACAAUGACCCAAAUCCAAAGAAUCCUGAUAAACUGUUUCAAACACAUUGGACCAUGAAUGCGGAUGGCAUCAAUUCCCUCAAAUACACAGUAAAGAACAUUGAGAAGGAUAUCUUGUACACUUUUAUCACUGUAGAUAUCGGCUCUCCUGAAUGAUCUGCCUGAAUGCAAUUUAACUCUCUUGCGUGGCCAGUGAUUCAUUGGUGUUUUGAUCUCAGAACUGAACGAGUGACUUAUGCUCUUAAAAUCUCUGCGAAUCCAAUUUGCCCUAAAAUAAUUAAUUAAUUUAGGUAUCCACUCCAACAAAAGGAAAAUGUUGAA